CUCACCCCGGUUCCCGCCGCCCCGGAGCACGCUCCUCAAUUGCGGCGCAGUCGCUAUGGCGUCACUGCCCUCGCGGCCAAUCCAAGGGCUGCGCGCUUGUGACCCUUACGCAUUUCCGUAGCCGGGAAGAAGGGGUGUGUGUCGCGCCUGCACAGUGGUCCUGGCCACCGGCUUGCGGCGAGUGGAGACUGUUCCCAGCUGCGCGCAAGUCAGACUCGGGUUGGGGUCUCGGCGGCAGUGCGAGCAUGUCGUGGCUUUUCGGCAUUAACAAGGGCCCCAAGGGUGAAGGCGCGGGGCCGCCGCCGCCUUUGCCGCCCGCGCAGCCGGGGGCCGAGGGCGGCGGGGACCGCGGCUUGGGAGACCAUUCGGCGCCCAAGGACAGAUGGAGCAACUUCGACCCCACCGGUCUGGAGCGCGCCGCCAAGGCGGCGCGCGAGCUGGAGCACUCGCGUUACGCCAAGGACGCCCUGAAUCUGGCGCAGAUGCAGGAGCAGACGCUGCAGUUGGAGCAACAGUCCAAGCUCAAAGCUGGAGUGCAAUGGCGCAAUUUCGGCUCACUGCAACCUCUGCCUCGCGGGUUCAAGCAAUUCAUCUCCCUCGGUCUCUGGAGUAGCUGGGAUUACAAGCAUGCGCCACCACUCCCGGCUAAUUUUGUAUUUUUAGUAGAGACGGGGUUUCUCCAUGUUGAUCAGGCUGGUCUCUAACUCCCGACCUCAGGUGAUCCACCUGCCUCGGCCUCUCAAACUGCUGGGAUUACACGCAUGAGCCACCAUGGCUGGCCUAUUUUAUUUUAUUUUGAGACAGAGUGUCAUUCUGUCCCCCAGUCUGGCAUGCGAUGGUGUGAUCUCGGCUCACCGCAACCUCCACCUCCCGGGUUCAACCUCCUGCCUCAGCCUUCCGAGCAGCUGGGACUACAGGAGCCUGCCACCACAUCUGGCUAAUUUUUGUAUUUUUAGUAGAGAUGGGGUUUCAGCAUGUUGUCCAGGUUGGUCUUGAACUCCUGACCUCAGGUGAUCCACCCACUUUGGCCUCACAAAGUGCUGAGAUUAUAGGUGAGAGCCAUUGCGCCCGGCCCACUCAGCAGGAUUCCUAGAAUAGGCACGAGCUCUGUUCUCAUCACGGUCCAAAACUGAGCACCUGCCUGGAGCUGCCCAGAAACAGCCUUGGGGGUGGGGUUGGUGUCCGGCCUCCUUCCCUGGGGGCCUUCUCAGGCUUCUACUGGUGCUUCUCUACCUGUGGGUCUGGAUUCCUCCAGGACCUGAGCCUGCGUGCAGAUGCGGCUGGAAGCCCUGAGCCUGCUGCACACACUAGUCUGGGCACGGAGUCUCUGCCGUGGCGGAGCUGUGCAGACAUGAGGGGCUGUCAGGCAGCGCCAGCCCUGAGCAACUGCCAGCUGGUGAGUGCUGUGCUCUGCAGGAGUACGAGGCCGCCGUGGAGCAGCUCAAGAGCGAGCAGAUCCGGGUGCAGGCAGAGGAGAGGAGGAAGAC